AGCUCCUCCGAUGACGACCCCCCCGUCCUCCAUCCAGUCGAUGCCGCUCGCGAGGAUGAGGCUAACGAGAUGGUCGGGGUGAGCAUUGGCCUGGCUCAAAGUCGUCUCAAGGCUCGGGCCACCCCGAUCGAGGAGAAGUCCCGCAUCAUGGAACGCAAUGGGGGCGACUUGGAGGACCACAGCCUGUUUACCCCCGAGCUCACCGAUGAACCCGAAAGUCUCGCGGAGGAGAAACCCCCGCCAGCGCCUGCAUCCUCCUCCUCCGCCCGAUCCAGCUUCACCCGUUCCAUUCUGAGGUCCGGGUUGCCCCUACGACCCCGCGCCUGGUCCGGGGACAGCCACACCAGCUCGCGCGGCUUCAAAAAGUUCUUCCCCGAUCUGGGCUCCUUGGCCAAACGCUCCUCGCUCGCCCUCCUCCCCACCAGCUCGUCGCAGCGUCGCUCGCGCAGCCUCACCUGGAAAUCCGCCUCCUCCCGCCUCAAUCUGGACCAGGAGACCGUGUCCCAUCCUGCUACUUCUCCGAGGCGCUCCAGUUGCAGUCCCGGGGCUCCUGCCGCCGCCGCCGCCGCCGAGGAACCCAUUGGCGAUCUCCCGUCCUUGGAACCACCGGCGGCUACCGCUCCAGGCAAGUAUUCGUUCUCUCGGCGACCGAGUGCCACCCCGUCCGGCUCAAUCCCCCCCGCCUUGCGACGCUCCUCGUCCGACCAAUCGCUCUAUCUGCGCGCGUCGUCCACCGCAUCGUCCCUCGAGCAUCGCCCCCAGUACGAGCAUGUUCAUUCCCAGAUCAACAGCCGAUUCAAGGCGAUCAAAGACAGCCUGCAGGACUCGAGCAGUCGCCUCUUGAGCAUGCCGACCCUACUACACCUCCAGGACUUGCGUGGCGAGUGGGGGUAUAAACAGUUUCUCAUGGACCCGACACCAGCACCAGCACCGCCGCCACCACCACCACCACCACCGCUAUCGUCAUCCUCAGAGGCAUUCCGCGAGCAGUCGGCAUCGCCGUUCCCCCACGCCCAGUCACCCCGGCUCAAUUCGAGCACCGCCGCCUCCACCUACCCUCUUCUCACCGAGGCCUUGGGCGAGAUGACGGGGGACGUGGUGGUCAUGGGUGGUUACAGGGGAUCGAUCUUGCGCUCGGCCAAACCGCCGCAGCGCCAGCUGUGGGUGCCGAUGAAGGUCGGCUUGAAUCUCCGCAAGGUCGACCUCGAGGUCGGGCUGACGCACGAGGACGAGGAACGGAUGGAAGAGUCCAUCAUUCCGUCGGGGGUUUUGUCCCACAUUGGACCCGUGGACAUCUGUCGGCGGCUGCUGAAGCGACUCCACAAGUGCGACAACGCGGUUCGGGGUGACCUCCGCGUCUGGAACUACGGCUACGACUGGCGCCUCAGCCCACAUCUUCUCUCGCGCCGGCUGAUCCGCUACCUGGAGGGACUGCCUUGCAACGCGCCAGACGUGCCCCGCAACAAGAGAGGGGCCUAUGUCAUCGCCCACAGCUUGGGCGGCUUGAUCACCCGUCACGCCGUGAACCAACGGCCCGAUCUCUUUGCGGGCGUUCUCUACGCGGGGGUCCCCCAGCAUUGCGUCAAUAUCCUCGGCCCUCUGCGCAACGGCGACGAUGUGCUGCUCAGCUCACGAGUCCUCACCGCUCAAGUCAACUUUACCUUCCGGACCAGCUUUGCCCUACUUCCCGAACGGGGGCACUGUUUCAUCGACAAGCGCACCAAGGCGGAAUACCUGGUCGACUUCUUCGACCCGCAGACUUGGGAUGAAUACCGGCUCUCGCCUUGUAUCAGCCCGGCGCUGCCCGCACCCACCUCCCGCGGCUUGAAGGAUAAUCUCCCUCUCCUCGGCAAGCGCUUCUCUGCCGUCCUGGGCAGCGAGGCUACUACCGCCGACCCCGCGCAAUCCCCUUCCAUGCCCCUGAAACCGUCCCACUUGGUGGCCCCCCAGAGCGCAGGCUCCAGCACCAGCCCCAGCGCCACCUCCGCGCCGCCGCCGCCAUCAUCAUCAUCAUCAUCCUGCACUAUCCCGCGCGCCGACGCCCUGGCUUACCUCACCCGCACGCUCUCCGAAGUCCGCCGCUUCAAAGACGACCUCGUCUUCAACCCCACGCACCAAUCGCUCAACCAGUACCCGCCUUUCGCCGUGCUGUACAGCAAAGCCCUCCCGACCGUGUACGGCGCGCGCGUGGCCUCGCGCGACCACAUCAAGUACACCAGCGCCUACGACGACCUGGCCUUUGCCGCGGGCGACGGCGUCUGUCUUGCGUCGGCCGCCAUGCUGCCCGCGGGGUAUCGGAUCAUCAAGGACGGCCUGGUCAAGACCGAGCGCGGCCAUGUUGGCUUAAUGGGUGAUCUGGAGGGCGUGGGGCAGUGUUUGCGCGCAUUGGUCCGGGGGAGACGCGAGGGCGUAGGAGUU